CCCUGGAGUGUGCGCUCUGCCCCUUCCCUCUCGCCGCCCGGUGACCUCGGUUUCCCGGCCGCUCUGGGCCGGACAUGCUGCCCGACUGCCUGUCGGCGGAGGGCGAGCGGCGCUGCCGGCGGUUGCUGGCGGGGGCCACGGCCCGGCUCCGCGCGCGACCUGCGGCGGCCGCGGUUCUCGUGCCGCUGUGCUCGGUGCGCGGGGUCCCGGCGCUGCUCUACACGCUGCGGUCCAGCCGCCUGCCCGGGAGGCACAAGGGUGACGUCAGUUUCCCAGGUGGCAAGUGUGACCCCGCUGACCGCGACGUGGUGCACACGGCCCUGAGGGAGACCCGCGAGGAGGUGGGCCUGGUUGUGCCUGAGGCCCAUGUGUGGGGUGUCCUGAGGCCCGUGCACGACCAGCAAAAGGCCACUGUGGUGCCGGUGCUGGCCGGCGUGGGCCCACUGGAUCCCCAGAGCCUCAGGCCCAACCCCGAUGAGGUGGAUGAAGUGUUUGCACUACCCCUGGCCCAUCUGCUGCAGGAACAGAACCAGGGCUAUACCCACUUCUGCCAUGGUGGCCACUUCCGCUACACACUGCCUGUCUUCCUGCACGGGCCACACCGGAUCUGGGGGCUCACGGCCGUCAUCACUGAGUUCACCCUGCAGCUGCUGGCACCUGGUGUCUACCAGCCCUGCCUGACCAGCCCUGAGCUGCCCAGGGGCUGAUGACCUGGCCCUGAGCAGCCCCUGCCUUUGCCCUGCCACGCCAGCUCCUCUCCAGGACUGAAUAAAGAGCCUUUGCCAACUCUGUGGCGACUGCACCUUCUGCACUGGAGCCCUGACCUUGGGCAGACCCCAUGGGACAGCUGGCCUCCUGGCUGGGGUGCCUCUGGAUAAUCACACUGUUACUUGCUGUGCCCACUCACUGUGUGCCAGGGCCACACUCUGGCUCUCUGGGUCACCUCCCUCAGGCGCACACCCAGCACCGGCAGCGACUCAAACCAGGUGGAGGAGCUCUCAGAGCGGUCCCAGCUGCUGCCCAGGAUGCCCCCCGCCCCCCACCAACGCCCUCAGUGAUGCCUCCUCUCCCUGUCUGGUUGGCCUGAUGCGGUGCCCUCAUCUCCAGUCGUCAGGGGCUCCUCUGAGUGCCCCCUCCAUGUCCGGGCCCCCAUGGCAGGCACGGCGGGCCGGGGGCGGGGGAGCGUGCAGGAACACAUGGCUACUGACGUGAGCCCGGGCCUCAUCCGGCCCAUCCACCUCGUUUCCCACUACUUCCCGCACUGCUACGCCUUCGCUGAGCCCACCCCGUGCACCUGAGACCUACACCCUCCAGUGACCCCCACCAUCCGCUCUGCAUCCCAGUCCCAGCCGGACCCAGAGCCAGAGGGAGACUCGGACAACAGCAGCCUCUCACUGUUGUGGCCUCUCCCGUUGCGGAGCACAGGCUCCGGACGCACAGGCCUAUCGGCCAUGGCUCACGGGCCCAGCUGCUCCGCGGCAUGUGGGAUCUUCCCGGACCGGGGCACGAACCCGCGUCCCCUGCAUCGGCAGGCGGACUCUCAACCACUGCGCCACCAGGGAAGCCCCACGCUUCUUUUUGACACGGACAAUAGCACCCUGCGCUGCACAGCUCACCGUGCCAAGGGCCUCAAGCCACCGGCCUCGGGCUCAAUGGACACCUAUGUCAAAGCUAACCUGCUGCCCAGGGCCAGCAAGGCCAGCCAGCCGCGGACACGCACGGUUUGGGGCACAAGGGGGCCUGUCUGGGAGGAAACACUCAUAGCUUCACCCUCCAGGACGCCCAGCGCAACACCCUGCGGUGAGGAUAGGGCCUGGGCCACAAGGGGGCAGGGCCGAGGUGGGGGUGAGGGCUUGCCUGGCCAGGUCCGACCUGCAUGGCCACCAGGCUGUGCGUCUGGGAGGACCCACGGCUGCGGCAAUGGCGGCAGGCAGCGGGCACCUCCCCUGGGGGAGCUGCGGGUGCCCCUGGGGAAGCUGGUGCCCAACCAAGCCAGGAUCUUCGAUGUGUGUCUGGAGAGGCGGAGGCUGGUGAGUGGGCUGGUGCACAGGGUGGGGCAUGCAGGGAGGGAGACCUGGGCAGUGUCCAGCCAAGGGGACCGGGCUCUCUGCUCUUUCAGACCAAGAGGCCCAAGAGCCUGGACACAGCAUGUGGCAUGUCUCUGUAUGAGGAGGUGGGUGGGACAGCGGGGCCCAGCGAGGACUGGGGGGCCAGGUCUGGGGUGGCCCAGGCUGAAGUGUGUCAGGCAGGGACUGAUGUGGGCUGGACAGGGGUCCAGGCCCAGGCAGGCUUGGAGAAUCUGAGGCCAUCUUGCUCACCGGCCCUGUGAGCGCUCAUAGUCUCAGGGGACAGCCAGGCCCCAGGGGCUGGGCAGACUUCCCCUGCCAGGGCAGCUCAGGGGAGCUGUGGGGCACUGGCACAAGCCCUCAGGGGGCAGAGACACAGGCCAGCUUGAGGCAGAGGCUGGAGCCAGUGGGAUUUGUCCCUGGCCUGAGCUGGGAGGGCAGGUCAAGGUCUGGGAGAGAAUGGAUAUGGUGGGGCUGCACGGCUGCUAGAUCUGCCCGAGGCAGUGUGGGUACCACACUCCUGGGGCUGGUAGCCAUAGACACAGGCCCUUGGCAGGAGGCAGUGAUGGUGACCGCAGGGGAUUUGCAAUAGGAAACCAAAGACCUGGGCAGAACCCCUGCAGCCCACAGGCCGUCCCCCCCACCCCCCACCCCGCCCCGGCACCUGCAAGGCUGAGGCAGGGCCCUCCACAGCUCCUCUGGGGCUCGAGGGCCAGGUGCUGCUGCCCCGCCCCCUAGUGGAGCCGCAUGUUGCUGCGACUGUCCGUCAGUCAAGGUAAAGCUGCGGAGCCCUACCGGGUCGGGCAGGGAGGGACCCGCCACGAGCACUUCCUGGCCCAGACCCUGCACAGCAGCCCCUUGGCUCAUGGAGCACUCCGUUACUGAGAGCUGAACGCCAGCAAGGUGGCUUGGCUUUCGGCAAAUGAAAUCCCUCGUUAAGUGUGGGAGAAGCACAUUCUCUCCAAGGCAACCUCCCAAGUCCUUUGGAAGCAACAGGGGCCGAGUGUGGCAAAGGACGUUCAGAAUCUGGCCGCUUGGGCUGUGGGGUGUGAGGAGGGUGGGCUUUGUGGCUGAACAGACCUGUAUGUCCUUGGGUAGAGAACAGCCUCUUGGAGCUGCUUCUGUGGCAGCAGGCUUACCCUGCGGGAGGGUGGUGACGGGUACCUAAUGGCAGGCCACCUAGGAAGCUCCUAGCAUGUUUGUGGCCCUUAGGGACAUCAGUUCCCUUCCCCUCCACGACAAAGAUGCCCUGAACUGGCCAGUCACGUGGCCUGGGCAAGCCCGUCCCCUUCUCAGGCCCCGAAGGAUAGAGCUGACCUGGAAGUUUCCUUCCAGGGCACUAAGCCAGUGACUGUUUUUGUAAAUUGAAUCAUGAAAUCAAACCACUGGCCCCUGACUUCUCUGCAGCUGGUUUGCAUUCUCAUGUCCAGGCCAGCACUGGUGGGUGGCUGGGUGGCGGGCCACACAGGAGCUGACCCCAAGCCUACCGCCUGCCCAAGGAGGUGGAGGCUGAGGUAGCCGGGGAGGAGCGUGGGCGCCUCCUGCUGCCGCUGGGCUAC